CCCUCUCGUUGCCGCUCUGUCCUCCCGUCUCUGUGUCCGGUGCCGCUCUAUCCGCUUCCUUCCCGGGCCGCCUCCCCGCCAUGGCUGCCGUGGAUAUCAGAGAUAAUCUCUUGGGGAUCUCCUGGGUUGACAGCUCCUGGAUCCCCAUAUUAAAUAAUGGGAGUGUGCUGGACUAUUUCUCAGAACGCAGCAACCCCUUCUAUGACCGGACCUGUAACAACGAAGUGGUCAAAAUGCAGAGGAUGACCCUGGAUCACCUGAACCAGAUGGUUGGAGUGGAGUACAUCCUUCUUCAUGCUCAAGAGCCCAUUCUCUUCAUUAUCCGAAAGCAGCAAAGGCAAUCUCCAACACAAGUUAUUCCAUUAGCUGACUACUACAUCAUUGCUGGAGUAAUUUACCAGGCACCUGACUUGGGAUCUGUCAUUAACUCCAGAGUUCUCACUGCAGUGCAUGGGAUUCAGUCUGCUUUUGAGGAAGCCAUGUCCUACUGUCGCUAUCACCCAUCCAAGGGAUACUGGUGGCAUUUCAAAGACCAGGAAGAACGAGAGAAAGCUAAGCCAAAAGCCAAGAAGAAAGAAGAACCAAGUUCUAUUUUCCAAAGGCAACGGGUGGAUGCUUUACUUUUAGACCUAAGACAAAAAUUUCCACCCAGAUUUGUUCAGCAAAAGCCUGGAGAAAAGCCUGUCCCAGUGGAUCAAAUAAAGAAGGAUCCAGAACCAGCCCCUGAAGCUGUCAAGCCAGAGGAAAAAGAGACUGUUAAGAAUGCUCAGCAGAGUGCUGGCCCCAAAGGACCACCUGAAAAACGGAUGAGACUCCAGUGAGUGGAGAAGUUGUUGCAUGUCUGGGUUAGUCAAUACCUGGAGAACAGGAUAUUCUUGCUCCUCUUCAGCUGAGACUGACAGUUCAGGAGCUGGAGUUCCUGUAACAGCUUUUUCUGUAGAAACCUGCCACAGAAAUGUUAAUGUCAGGGUGUGAGCUUCCUCAAAGAGGGUGUUCUCAGUCUUCAUCUGAUUUGGAAUGUUGGCUUCUGGGAAUGGUUUUUACACAGACCUAUUUUUGCAACCUCCUGAAAUCUUUACAAACUCUUGCAUCCCUUGUGUCUUGGUUUCCUACGUAAGAAAUAAAACUUUUAUAUUAAAACCCCAGAAUUCUUGGUCAAUAAAAUUCCUGGCUGCUGGAA